AAAUGUGAUUGUAAAGGCUUGAAAAGGAAUUCACCGAAAACAUAUGUUCGCCUACACCGUGUUAUCAAUACUAACUGUGUUUGUUUUAAAGUUUGGGUUGCACAUAAAUCAAUGCUAAAAUGGAGAGAUUUUUGCAAUAAAUUCGAGGACAAAGUAGACGACUUCAAUUUUGCAACUUUGUUUCGCCUUGAUGCGUCCAAGGGAUAUAAUGAGGAUAAUACAUGUAUAGUCCCCCGCAUUCAGUUUCUGGCCCUGGAAAUCGCACGGAACCGACAAGGCGUGAAUAAAAGUGAAUUAUUACGCAAACUACAGGAGUGA